AUGGGAGAAGACAACGAGACUCUUCCCCCCGGGGAAUUUAUCUUGACAAGACUCUCAGACAAUCCUGAGAAACGUGUCAUACUUUUUGUGGUGUUUCUGAUGGUCUAUAUGACAGCCGUGUUAGGUAAUUUGCUCAUUUUGUCAUUGUUCCUAGCAGCCUCUCACCUUCACACCCCCAUGUAUUUCUUCCUCUUCAAUUUCUCCAUCCUAGAAGUCAGCUACACCUCAUGUGUCGUGCCCCAGAUGUUGGCACACCUCCUUGUCGAGAGGACCACUAUUUCAUUCAACAGAUGUGCUGCACAGCUGUACCUCUUUCUGUCUUUUGGAAUCACAGAAUGUUUGCUGCUCACUGUCAUGUCAUAUGAUCGCUAUGUGGCCAUUUGCAAUCCGCUCCAUUACAACCUCACCAUGACCAAGCAGGUGUGUACAACCAUGGCCGUUGCUUCCUGGGUUGGAGGCUUCCUCUUUUCUAGUAUGAAUUCAGUGGCUACCUUGAUGUUGUCUUUUUGUGGCCACAGAGAGAUAGAUCAUUUCUUCUGUGAAAUGCCAGCCAUGGUGAGGAUAGCUUGUGCAGGGAUGCACCAAGCACAAAUUGUGGUAUCCAUCAGCUGUGUACUUACUCUGGUCUUCCCUCUGCUUCUCAUAUUUUUUUCUUACGCACGGAUUCUCCACACUGUACUUGGCAGUCAUAGCAGCGUGGGAAGACACAAGGCCUUCUCCACAUGCUCUUCGCACUUGGCCGUGGUCGCACUGUUCUUUGGAACAGUCCUUUCCAUGUACCUAAGACCCCAUUCCAGCUCCUCAAUGGGGCAAAACAAAAUUACGUCUGUGUUUUACAUUGUUAUCACACCGGCACUGAACCCCAUGAUAUACACUCUGAGGAAUAAGGAAGUAAUACGUGCCUUAAAGAAAGUUAGGUGUAGGGGCAGAGAAGUGAGCUAG